CUGACCGUCUUUGACUUCAGGGAGGUGGGUCGCAGGUUCAGGAAGAAGCUGGACAGCCCUCCGAAGACAAAGUUGCCCAAGAUUGUCCAGCAGCCAGACAAGAGUGCGAGCUCCAAGAACAAGCUCUGGCCACUCGGCCGGGCCAAGACCUUCCUUGAGCCAAGCCCAUCCGAGGUGGUGUUUCACAACUAUGUCCUUGGCGAGGUCUGUGAAAUGCCCCUGCUUCUGAGGAAUAGAGACAAGGUUACUCAGCUGGUGACGGUCACCAUGGACAGCUCACCUUAUUUCAAGCUGGUCGGUCCCAAUGGUGUGUGCCAUCAGGUGCUACCGGGAUCGUUUUGUACUAUAAACAUCCUUUUCAUCCCUAAGGGGAACAAGGACCUUUUCCUGCAGGAUCAUUUCCAUGAGCUUGUCUGCACCACCAAAAAGGAAACUCUCACUGUGCCAAUCCGGGCCAUUGGUGCCCGCCCAAUCUUGGACUUCCCUGACCAGCUGGACUUCUCGGAGUGCCCAGUCAACUACAGCACCCAGAAGACUCUGCUGGUUCACAACAGCGGUAACCUGGAAGCCCAAUUCAACCUCGUCACUGAGAGCCCUUUCACUGUCAGCCCAGCCUCGGGAACCCUCGAGGUUGGUGAAGCCAUGCAAGUGACAGUGGAAUAUCGCCCGCUGGAUACCGGGGAUCAUUCCGCAUUCCUGGAGGUGCACUGCGACAUAGGUCCAGAUAUCCGCACCAGACUUGUUGGAGAAUCUGUGGACCUCAACAUCGGACUGGGCAACUAUUCUUUAAAACUUGACAAGACUUAUCUCACACUGUCAAGCCACAAAACCAUGGCCAUCCACAACAGAAGUGACACCACAGUCCGAUUCCAGUGGAAGACUUUUGUCACUGAGGAAGAGGAGUAUCACCACAAGAUCGGGCUGUCUCACAAACUGUCCCGGCCGCCCCAGGACAUAGCGAAGGAUUUGAUGAUGGAACGCUAUGAGGAGGUUCGCCUUUACUACGAGGAGCUUGAGACUGAGACAGCAAAGAUUCAAGCAGACCCCUUGUUGUUCUCAGACGACGUUUUCACCAUUGAGCCCUUGGAGGGAGAGCUUGGUCCGCAUAGUUCAGCGGAAAUCAAGGUGUUCUUUAAACCCCAACAAGCCCAAGUCUAUGAAAGAGUGGCCUACUGUGACAUCUCAGGCCGUGAGAGCAGGCUGCCCCUGCGCCUCACAGGGGAAGGCCUCGGGCCCUGCCUCCAACUCAACUUUGAGGAAUACAACAUGGGGAAACUUUUUGUUGGAGAAACCUACAGCUAUGAGGCAAUGCUGGUUAACAAAGGAGAUAUUGACACUCCCUUUGAGCUCAUCCCUUCAACCACCACCUACGGCUCCUGCUUCAGCUUUCUGCCCCAGCAGGGCAUCAUUCCACCAAAUGGGCUCCAGCCCCUCCAGAUCUCCUUCAGUUCCACCACCCUGGGGGAGUUCUGUGAAAAAUUCCAGUUCAAUGUGACUACAUCCCCUAAGCCUCUGACCUUUACUAUCAGGGGCCAGGUCACUGGACUGAGCCUGAAUUUCAGCACAGGAGCCCUUGACUUCAGUGACGUCUCCUUUGGCUUUCCUCAUACCUUGUCGUGCCGCCUGAUCAACACCUCCGUGGUGCCCGUCACCUUCCACCUUCGCAUUCCUGAGGACGGCCAGGGACAGCCCAGCCUUACCAGCUUCGAUCAAAUGAAAGACAACGAUCACCCAUGCUGGGAAAAAGGCACCUUGGCUCAAUUUCAUGAGAAGCCAAAGGAAUUUACCAUAACACCCAGCACAGGCACCAUCCAUUCCAAGGGAUUCCAGGAGAUCACGGUCACGCUGUGUUCCAAUGAUGUGGGACAAUACGACUGUGAUAUGGUGGUGGACGUGGAUGGUUUUGGCAAGGAGGUGUUGGCUCUGCGCCUCAAAGCCAGAUGUGUUGUUCCUGACCUCCGUUUGCUCUGCUCCACCCUCGACUGUGGAAAGUUCUCUCUAAAGGAGCCUUGCAAGCAAAAGCUGACCCUUGUGAACCCGAGCUCCCUUCCAGGAUGCUACAGAGUUCUCCCUCAGAGACACCAAGAGGCUGCUACUCUGUGGUACUCCUGCCCCAAGCCGUGUGGGAUUAUCCAGGGUCACGAGGUGCUGGAGAUCCCAAUUACAGUUGAAGCCCAGGCAGUGGGUGCUCAUUCCACCGUGGUGGACAUCGCCGUGUUCGGGAAGGAAAGACACCCACUGCAAAUGCAGUUAACGUGCACUGGAAAGGUACCGCUCGUCUAUGCAACUGUGAAUAAGAUAAACUUCGGCAAGAUCCGAGCGAUCCAGGACACUUCCCAAACUCUCCAGCUGUGCAAUGCGAGUGUUGUCCCUGCAGCCUUCAGAGCAGAGAUCGAUGGCAAGUGCUGGAGAAUUGAACCCAGGGAGGGAGUGGUCCCUGCCAAGGCUGAGAUUUCUGUGGUUGUCACGGCAAACCUGGAUGACACAGGAAAAUUCGAAGACAGCAUGAAGCUGUUCAUUGAGAACAGCCUUACCAGUGUCAUCCCCAUCGAGGCUGUGGGCAUUGGCACCACAGUUGCCAUUGACAAACCGUUUGCUCCAGAGCUCAAGCUGGAACCCCAGUUCAACUCUGUUCCCUGCAUUUUCCGGUUCAACGUAACCAACAAGGGACGGCGGUUCCAGCGGCUCUACUGGGGCACAGAAGGCUUCAGCACCUUUCGACAGCGUCAUCCCCUCCCUGCCCUCAGUGUCCCCAAGGGCAAAAAUGCUUCCCAGAGACCCAAAUCUGCCACCCCCAUAUUUAAGCUGCGGCCACGGUGUAUGCAUCUGCAGCCAGGCGAGACUAAGGAGCUGGUGCUGGAAGGCUUCUCCAGCACUGUCCAGGAGGUGAAGGAGGAGCUGGUGUGUCACACAGCCGUGGGGUCAGAGAUAACUAUGAAAGAGAUAAUAAAGACAAAGGUCACCUGCAAGUUCAUUUCUGCCGCCCUGGAAAUAUCAUCCAGUGCAAUCACUUUCUGCGUGGAGAAGUACCCCAAUGAUGUCCUGACUCUUCAGUACAAGCCUCUGUCUUUAAAGAACACCUGCUCCCUGCCAUUCAGCCUCUUGCUGGACGUGGAGGAGCCGUUCCUAAUCUGUGACACGGACCAGCAGCCCCUCCCUGCAGAGGCUCAGCCUGUGAAGAUGGAGGCAGGGGAGGAGCUUCAUCUCUACGUUGGCUUUAACCCAGCUCAUAAAAAGGAUCCCAUCAGCUGGGUAGCAGAGAAGACUGUGAAGAUCCGGCUAGUGGAACAUUCUCUUGAGAAAGAGAUCACCGUUCGGGGAGAAGUCUUUCCCAAUCUGCAUAUCCCGACCAAAGAACUGGACUUUGGUUGCAUCAAGGGUGGCACAGAACAAGUGCGUUACCUGGAGAUGACCAACUGCAGCCCAAUUCCUGCCCGCUACCACUGGUCAUUCCAGAUGGACAGCGUGGAGUACCCGACAGGGAGAUACUCCAGGCCUGGAAGUGUGCAGGAGCCAGCCAAAGCCCCGAAAGCAGCGCAGGACUCUACCCAGCAGUCAUCACAAUCAGAGAACUGCCUGGAAACAGAAGAGGAUUCUUCUGAAGAGUCAUCAGAUUCAGAGGACUCCCUGGAAACAGAGGAUGAUUCUUCUGAAGAGUCAUCAGAUGCAGAGGACUCCCUGGAAACAGAGGAUGAUUCUUCUGAAGAGUCAUCAGAUGCAGAGGACGAUUCUUCUGAAGAGUCAUCAGAUGCAGAGGACUCCCUGGCAACAAAGCAGGAUUCUUCUGAACAGUCAUCAGAUUCAGAGGACUCCACGGAAGCAAAGCAAAUUCCGAUCUCCAUGUACCCCCUUCCCAACCCAGCCAGACCACCCGUUUUCAGGUCUCUGCCUUCACCCAAGAGCUGGUAUUGCAGUGACAACCCCAGAGCUGCCUUUCAUACAGUGAGACUUGGCAAGGUGGCUGUGUCCUGGACUGGAAAGUGGCUUGUCUUCCAGGUGCCGCCAGACGCUGUUGCAGAGUCUCGGAGCUCAGUGGAGACGAAGGGAUCUGGGCAGUCAGCGAAGACAAAGCCCCCUGGCUUCAGAGCAGAGGAGGUUUUCAAUGUCCAGCCGGUGUCUGGUGUGCUGGAGCCGGGCAAGAGCCAGCAGGUGCCCUUCACCUUCUUUGGCCACGCCAACAUCAUCGCCCGUGUCACGGCGCUGUGCCAGGUGGAGGGAGGCCCGACCUACCAGGUGGAGCUGAAGGGGGAGACUUCGGUCCUCACCUACCAACUGAGCGCCGAGGAGAUCAACUUCGGGCGGCAGCUCUUUAACGAAGUCAUCAAAGCAGAGGUCACCCUGAAGAACAAGGGGAAGAUCGGAUUCACCUACGUGGUACAGAGCCCCAGCACUGGCACUGCAGACAACCCUCUGCCUGGUGUGCUCGUGGUCCUGCCCAACACGGCUUACAUUGAACCUGGCGAGGAGCAAGUGCUGAAGCUCCAUUACCUGCCAGGAGUGCCAGGAGCCUUCUGCAGGACUUUCAAGGUUCAAGUGGACCACCUGGAGCCGGCAGAAAUCUCCCUGAAGGGAGAGGCGGUCUUUGCCGGCAUCUGCAUGAACCUGCCCUGGAGCAUCAAAGGAAGUAAAAAAUACGAGGAGCUAUUGAAACAGGCGAAAGAAAAGCUGAAAAAAGGCAUUCGGGAGAAGAAAGCAAGUAUUUGGAGGAAGCUUCCAAUCAUGAAGGAACACGUGAAGGGCCCUGGCAUUGUGUCCAACACUUGUCUGCGGAUGGAGAUGGACAAGAUGCUGAUAAAGGAAGAUGCUCAGGAGCAAUACCAAAUUCUCAUCUCCUGCCCCCCAGAGGACACUGUCUUUGACAAGCACAUUCCUCAGAAGCUUGUCCAAGUCAAGCUGCCCGAGUACAUCCUGGACAUGGGCACUGUCGUUCAGGGCUACAGUAAAACCUGCACUGUGCAGAUCACCAACACCUGGUCGUACCCAGUGACCGUCCAGGCCAAUGAACGUGCCCUGCGUGACACAGGUUUCAGCAUACACCUGGAGCCCAUGAAGUUCCUGGUCUGCGGCGCCAGCAGACUGUUUCAAGUGAACUUUGAAAGUGCCAACCUGCCAGUGGGAGAGGUGGAUGUGCUCCUGCCCAUCAAGGUGGAGAAAGGCCCCACGCUACAUAUCUGCCUCCGUGCCACUGUAGUUCAGCUGUUGCUCAGCGUCUCCAGGGACACAGUCGAGUUCCCCGAUGUCCAGGUUGGGCAGAGCCGGUAUGAAAUAGUCCGGCUCUACAACCGGUUCGACGCGCCCUGUGAAUGGUCCAUCACUGUCAACAAACCUGCCAAGAAGGUGGACAAACGUUUGACACCGGUUGUGCAUCCGAAGGAACUCCAGGCUGGGAAGGAUGAUUCCCGUGUCUUUCAGUGGAAGGCCUGUGAGGGAACCCUUUAUGGUAGAGAGUGGUGUGACCUGCAGAUCCAGUUUUCACCCCAGGAAGAGAAAUCCUACAAAACGGAGGUGAAGAUCAACAUUCGUGGGAACAGCCAGCUCCUCGUGCUGCACAUCUCAGGACAGGGUCUGGAGCCACGGCUGGAGUUCAGCCCCGCAGAGAUCAACCUGGGAGCGUUGCUGCCGUGCAGCUCUGAGCUGGAGAGGACAGUGGUGGUGAAGAACCCCUGCGAGUUCCCCAUUGAGUUUUACUCACUGGAGUUUGAUGAGGAGUACCGUGAGGAGGAGAAGAUCCUGCGCACGCUGGACGAGUUUGAAGACCGGACGGCCUUGAUGAUACCUCCACGCGCUGUGGGUGAGAAGCUGCCUCCAGAGGUGCUCCAAUACUAUGAGAAAUGGAAGAUGAUGGAGGCUCUGGGCCAAGAGAUUGUAUCCAAGCGCAAGGAAGAAUCAGACCAGGACAAUGCAGCGCUUCAAGAGAGCAUCAGGUUGUUGAAGGACAUGGUGGACAAGCGUGAGCGCCCCAUCGAUCAGGCCAUCAGGCGCUACCUCAACACCAAUCCCUUUGUCGAAGAGUUCAGAGCCCAAAAGCCCACAGGGAUUGCCAUCAUCGUCUAUGGGACACCCCGGACAGGAAAGACAAGAGUCGCGGUCGCCCUGUCCAAGUAUUAUGGUGCCACCCGCUUGUCCCUCAACCAGAUGGUGGCACAAGCCAUGAUGGACAAGGACAGCUUGGCGGGGCGCCGUGCCCGGCAGGUGUGCGUGGAGGCUGCCCAACGGGAAAGAGCCAUGAGGAAACAGAUGCCGGGUAAAAAGGGUGCUCAGGCCAAGAAAACCCAGGCCAGCCUUGGGAACAAAGACAGCCAGAAGACCCUCAGUGCCGGACACCAGAGCACUUCAGCAACCAAGGAUAAGAUCGCAAGUGUUUCCUGUGCCACUGCUCCUGCACGACAGCGAUUGACCUUCGUUGCCUGGAGGGGGAGAAAGAAGAAAAAGCUGAAGUGUUGGACCCGCGUGCUGCCCGAGGAGUUGCUGGUGGACAUCAUCUCUGAACGGCUGCAGCAGAGAGACUGCAACAAGGGAGUGGUGUUUGAUGGCCUGGAGACCCUCUUUGCGAGCAGCCUGGCAUCUUCUCUCCUGUGCGUGCUCAAAGCUGUCAACAAUCGGCCUCAUAUCCAUGCUGUGAACAUCUUCCAGGAUUCUGAGUUUUGGAAAGGCAGGCAGAGAGCUGCAAGAGAGAGGAGAGCAGCUAAAAAAGAGCAGAAAGCACGGGAGAAGGCAGAAGCUGCCCGGAGAGAGGAAGAAUGUCUCUGGGGUGUGGAUGUGGACGAAUACAAUGCGCUCCCUGAGAAGAAGAAAGCUCUGCUUGAUUACAAAAUAGAACAAAUCAAGCGUGAGCGGCGUGAGAGGGAGCUGGAGCGGCUGGCUCGAGAGCUUGAGGAAAGCAAAAAGGUGACGUCACAAGCCUCAAAGAAGCAAGAUAAGCAACAGAAGAAGACUGGCCGCUCGGGGAAGUUACCCGCAAAAGAGCAGCAGCGGGAAACCAAAACCCCAGAGGUCCAGAGCAAGCUCAAAAAACCAGCAGCAGGAAAACCACAGCAGAAGGAAACCAAAACCCCAGAGGUCCAGAGCAAGCUCAAAAAACCACCAGCAGCAAAACCACAGCAGAAGGAAACCAAAGGCCCAGAGGUCCAAAGUAAGGCCAAAAAACCCACAGCAGCAAAACAACAGCAGCAGGACACCAAAAUCCCCAAGGUCCAGAGUAAGCCCAGAAAACCAGCAGCAAAACAAGAGCAGCGGGAAACCAAAAUCCCAGAGGUCCCGAGUAAGCGUGAGAGGAUCUUGGACCUGAGGUUUAACAUCUAUGAGUUUUCGCAGCAGAACAUCAAAGAUAUUCUGUCCUCCUGGGACAGGGUUCAGGGUAUCAUGAACCAAGUGCAAGACAAGUCCCAGUCUUCCCCUACACACAAAGACGAGAAGGACAGUGAGUCUCCAGAGAAGCCAGAGAAGGAGCCUCUGGAAAAACAUGGUGACCACGAGAGUCUUCAGCAGGAAGGGGAAGGUGCAGAAGGCUCAGUCGGAAGCCAGGACAUUGGAGUGCCCUGCUUGGACUUCCACUUAACACGUCACGAGAAGGUGUUUAAGAGGAUCCUGAAGAGCAAGAAGCUGCCGCCAGCAAAGCAGAUCCUGGACUCUCUGGGACUGGGUCCCUUAGGGCCUCCCAUUCCCCCUGGAGUUCUUUUCUCCAUGAUCCUCUACCCGGAGGAGGACAGAGUGCCCGCAGCAGCAGAAGAGCUCAGACACUUCCUCCUUGUUGAGCCUGAAGAUGCUGCUGCAGAAGAUGAUGUGGUCUCAGAGGCAGAGGCACAGGACCCCUUGAACGAGGAGAGUGCCACGAGCAGCACCCAGGAAAAGACGAGCUCCACCCAGAGCACAAAAAGUCUGCAGGAUCACUCCCCAGAAACACCCAGAAGUUCACCUGAGUCAAGGAAAAGCCAAGUGCAGAGUGACUCAACCCUGGAGAGACCUGCCAGGCUGAGAAGAUUCCGGUGGAUAGUUCCUGCCCACGGUGAGGUGGAACUGAAGAUCCGCUUCAGCGCCACAGUGCCAGGGCAGUUUGACCAGAUGAUGAAUUUUGAGAUCCUGGGGACAAAGCGGCUGUACCAGUUGCCCUGCAGUGCCACUGCCCUGUACCCCAGCAUCAGCCAGAACCCACGGCUGGUGUUUCCUCACUGGAGGAAGAGCAAGGAGGAGGAGGACAUCAUCUUCAAGGAGUAUGUCAUGAGCACAAAGCAGUUCCACUUUGGACCACUGCUUUGUGGAAAGUCAAGAGAGUGGGACAAGUCACAGAACUGCACUGCCAACAGCGAAAAGUUAACCAUCUUCAAUGACUUCGCCAUGGAGGCAGAGGUGCAUUUCUCCUUUGAGAAGGACGACAAAGGAGAGACAUUCCUUUUGGACCCUCCCAGCAUGACGCUGAAACCCAAAGAGAAGAAGAAGCUGAGUAUUUGGGCAUACCCGAGUUCCACUGGCCUCGUGGAAGACAAUCUCGUCUGCCGCAUCAAGGACAACCCGGAGCCAGUGCUCUUCCGACUCUGCUGCGAAGGGGUGCACGUGAAGCUGGGGGUCAGCCCCCACGAGCUGCAAUUCAACAAGCUGCUUCUGCACAGGACUGACACCCAGACCCUGGUCCUGAAAAACAACAGCCCACUGCCCAUGGCAUGGCAUCUCAGUGGGCUGGAUGACCUCGGAGAUGACUUCUCUGUGUCACAAGGCAGGGGCAUUGUUGGCCCCCACACGGACUUUGAGGUGAAGCUGAAUUUCAAGGCCGAGAAGAUUGGCGUCACGAACAAGAUGAUCCGACUGGAGGUUUCAGAUACAGAAAACAUCCUGGGAAUUGUUCACGCUGAAACUAUCAAAAUCUCUGUCGAGGUCUAU